ACGGACAGACAGACGGACGGACACCAGGGCUGCGGCCACCCAGGGACACCCGUGAGGUGAGCGCCAGCUGCGGAGCACCCCGACCCCUCUGCGCCCAGCCAUGUCCCCAGUGGUGAAGGAGAAGAACCACGUGCGGUUGGUCUUCUUGGGUGCUGCCGGCGUGGGCAAGACAGCCCUCAUCCGCCGCUUCCUGAUGGACACCUUCGAGCCCAAGCACCGGCGCACGGUGGAGGAGCUGCACAGCAAGGAGUACGAGGUGAGCGGGGCGACAGUCAAGGUAGAAAUCCUGGACACCAGUGGCAGCUACUCCUUCCCAGCCAUGAGGAAGCUCUCAAUCCAAAACAGCGAUGCCUUCGCCCUGGUCUACGCCGUAGAUGACGCCGAGUCCUUUGAGAGCGUCAAGAGCUUGCGGGAGGAGAUCCUGGAGGUGAAGGAAGACAAGUUCCCUCCCAUCGUGGUGGUGGGCAACAAGGCGGAGAGCGGCGGCGAGCGGCAGGUGCCGGCGGAGGACGCCCUGUCGCUGGUGGAGCUGGACUGGAACAGCCGCUUUGUGGAGACGUCGGCCAAGGACAACGAGAACGGCCUGGAGCGGGGACGGGGACGAUGGGCGCAGCCACAGGUGAUGCUGCACUUUGGCUGUACCCAUCGCCCCCGUGGCCGGACGGGGACGGGGCUGUCCCUGCCAGCGCUGCCCGCGCUCGGCUAUGACCAGGGGUGA